ACACAUACGUUGAAACUGAGAACGCCCCGUUUCGAUUCGUUUCCGUUGAUGGAAGAAUUAUCUCUAAAAAAUUAGAAAUGGUAAUGCUCGGAUGUUAAUUCAACUACAUCCAUAACAGAAGCACUUUUAGAGCUCUUUUCUCCAUCUACCUUGCCCUAUCCCCAAAAAAUAACAGUAAGUUGUGUCAUUACUUUCUGUAGUGAGCUUGUCUCGCGCCGAUUUCGCCGCGAUUUUUCUUGCUGUGAAAUGAGGAAAAUGAUAUUUGUGUACUCGAUGUAGGCUUAUGUAUAUUGCACAGACUGUCAGAUUCUGUACACAGGAGGGAGAGAUGCAUUUUAUGCUCCUCUUCAGCAGACAAGGCAAGCUCAGGCUUCAAAAAUGGUAUUGUGCAUACCCAGAGAAGCAGAAGAAGAAAACAACACGAGAGCUGAUAGCAACAGUGCUUUCAAGAAAAGCAAAGAUGUGCAGCUUUUUGGAGUGGAAAGACUUGAAGAUUGUGUAUAAGAGGUAUGCGUCUCUGUACUUCUGCUGCGCUAUCGACAGCGACGACAACGAGCUGCUGACGCUGGAGAUAAUCCACCGAUACGUGGAGCUGCUCGACAAGUACUUCGGCUCGGUAUGCGAGCUGGAUAUCAUCUUCAACUUCGAGAAGGCGUUCUUCAUGCUGGACGAGCUGCUGCUCGGCGGCGAGAUCCAGGAGACGAGCAAGAAGAACGUGCUGAAGGCCAUCACGGCGCAGGACCUGCUCCAGGAGGACGAGGUCCUUGAGGACGCCCUGAGAUCUGUCGGGCUGACAUAGGUACCGCACUGAGCGAGGAGACGCCUCAGGGCUUCUUUGAUGACCACGGGCUCGGCUAGCGGUCCGGGCGGCGGCGCGGGCCGCGUGGGUCGGGUCGGACGUGCGCCGGGGCGGUGGUGGCGGUCGCGCAGCGGUGCGCUGUGGCUGAGUGGACCGCCGAGCCGUGUGCUGCCGUGUGGAGGCACUCGCGAGAGACAUUCCAUGCGGCGUGUGGUGGCGUGGGUGUUUCAAUCUGAUCAAGUCUAUCCGUGCGGCCAUCUUUGAUGGACUCUCGGCAGCCUCUGUUGUGAUUUGAUGUGCACUUGGUAUAUUCUCACUUUUUGUUUUUCAGUUAAAGAUAUGCCCGUAGUGUUUGUAAUCAUGACAGUUUUUGUCCUGGAUUGUGAAAUGGUGGCAUGCUCUGUUGUUUAUGGUUGAAAAGUGAUUUUUCUGGGCUGCCAUCGGUAAUUCACUUCUUUAAUGAUUGUUUCACUAGGCGUAAUGAAUAAUAAAUAAACUGUAUUAUUGAUGUCA